AUGGGGAACGUUUUCAAACUACUCCUAGAAGUGGGGAAGGUUGUCAUGGGCCGACCAGGCGACCUCAGAAAGUUCUUCGCCCCAACUGCUGAACGUGGAAAAACUGUUUGGCCCAAGAAGCCAGCGGACUUCUUGAGAUACGGAGUGCGUUGGGACUACGACGGAGUUAUCAAAGGAGAAGACGGCAAGGAAUACUACAAAUACCAACUCCAACCAAAUGCAGGCAAAAUCCCAUCAACAAUCAAAGCUUGGCGUGAGAAUAACGGGGGGACACAUGCGGUUAUUGCCACAAUGUACAUUGAGAAAGGAAUCGAUGCAAAAGAGGAAAUAUUCGAGCAAGCCUUGCGAAAAUCUUUGGAUGGCAUAUAA